AUGCGUAUAGUUCUUGUUCUUGUUUCCGGCUUCGAAUUAAAUGGCGAAGAUUACUUCAAUGCUUUCUCUGACCGCAAGCGCCGUCAACGACUAUAUGGGAAACUCGGAAGCUCUGAGGUCCUCAAGGUUAAGGACUGGCCCCAAACCCAUAAUUUGCUAGGUUUAUACGACGAUUUCAUGCGAACUGCACCGGCACCUGAAUACUGUAGCGCCUCCGGUUACUUGAACUUGGCUAACCGAUUACCAGAAGAGUACCUGCCUUUUGAUUUUGGACCCAAGAUGUUCAUCUCCUAUGUCAGCGACAAUCACAGCAAGACGGGCAAGACGAAUUUGCAGUGCGACAUCACCGGCCAAUUGCAAGAGUAUAUCCGAAAGUAUAAAGAUUGUGAUCGAUUGCAUCCAAUUUUCGAUCAUGCUUUCUACAUGACCGAGCAAGAUAUUGAACGCUUGGAAGCCGAGUAUGGUGUUGUUCCUUAAACCCUCUACCAAAACCCUGGUGAUGCGGUCUUUAUCCCAGCAGGCUACGCACACCAAGUGUUGAACUGCUUAAAUUCGAUCAAGUGCGCGUUUAGCUUUUUAAGCCCUGGAAACGUUGACAGUCGUUUGCUCAUCUCGGGUGAACUGCGUAAGCUCAACAAGCAAGACGCCUUACAAGUCUUAACGACUUUGGCGUAUUCUUGGGUUAGUCUCAAGUCUAAAUAACAAAAGCAACAACUAGAAUUAAUAAAUAAAAAAAUUGUAUGUUUAUAAG